AGUCCGAAAGCGCCGUACACUGCGCGGAGAAAAUUUGACACGAGUGGACGCGGUGAUAUGUGCGUGCAAUGGCCCUGUCAAAGUGUUUGUUUACAUUGGUGCUGCUAGCUACAGUCACAGGGCUAUUGGAGUCAGCACAUGGACUCAGCGGUUCUCCUACAAUAACGUCUACGACUCUCUCAGAAGUUGUUUUAAAUCCCGGAGAAAAUUACACAAUAACAUGCGAGGGCGAUGCGUCGAUAAUCUGGAAUUACCCCAACAUUUCGGACAGUGAACCCAACAUACAUACGACUUGGAGGGAUGGAAAAUAUAUAUCGUCAGUUCAGUUGACAGAUAUUACAUAUAAGGAUGUUGGAUAUUACCAUUGUUCAUUCGAUAACAACAGUGAGAAAAAUACAUCUAUAUACUUGUAUGUGAAAGAUACGAAGAACCUGCUUACAUAUAGUGACAUAGUCUUUGCACCAAUACAUGGUAUACAGUAUCAGGACAUUGUCAUUCCUUGUAAACCAACACACCCUGAAGUGAAAGUGACCCUCUGCCGCAAUGGUGAUGAGAAACUGCAUAUUGGUGAAAAUGAUGACCUUGGAGUCAUCAGAUAUGACCAGAAGGUGGGCUUCAUUCUGGAAAAUGUCCAGGUGAUAAACAAUGGAUUCUAUAGUUGCUGCGUACUUCCUGGUGGCAUCUGCAGUGAAGACGAAUGUCCUCGUCAAUAUUCUCUUGAGAUGUUUCAUCCCAGGGUGGGAUACAGGCUCAUUAUUAAAAAAGUAAUUAGAGGAGACAUUUGCUCGUGUACUGCAACAUAUGGUAAUAAUACCCAACAAAAGUUCUUCUUUCUCUCGGUUAUGAAACAUGCAGAUUCUGUAGCAAGACCAGCCAUUGAUGAGACCCAUUUGCAACAUGUGAAAGUUGGUGAGAAUGUGACUAUAGAGUGUAGAAUUACUGUACCCACUUCAACAAGGUAUGAUUUGGAAUGGAUAGUUCCAAAUGAGAGUGAACGUAUCACAGUAGAAAAAAUUGAGAUAGAGCCUCCAGUGAGCCCUGGGCACCAUUUAACAACAGGAAGAAGAAAAUUAAAAAUAUUUAAUGCAAAAUUGGAAGACACAGGGAACUACACUUGUAAAGUGAAAGAUCAUGCAAAAAAUACCAACAGUGAAACGAUAUAUUUGAAAAUUUUUAAAAGGAAUGAGGCUUACAUAAACUUGACAGUAAAUGGGAACAAAACUAAUAUGGAAGUUGUUGAAGGACAGAACUUGAAGUGGGUUAUCAGUGUUGAAGCACAUCCACAGCCUGAGUUUUCAUGGUACAAGAAUGAUGAUGUUAUCAACAAUUCACCUAGAAUGAUUGUUUCAACCAAAUAUAAUGGGAAACAGUCUAUACUGGAAAUAAAACAGGUUACUAUUGAAGAUAGAGGCACUUAUGAAAUGCGUGCAACAAAUGAAAAUUUCACCAAAGAACUGACACUGAAACUUAUUGUGCUUGGAAAACCUCAUGUCUACAUGCCACAAUAUCCACUGAAAUUUUUACAUAAACCAUCUCAGAAAGCAAGUGCCAAAGUAAAUGCCACCAUUCUUGGAAGGCCAAGCCCAAAUGUGACUUGGUUUUUUCAGCCAGAGGGUAAGGAGAGAAUGGCCAUCAAUAAUGAAAAUUUCAAAAAUUAUAUUGUCAGUGAAGAGGAUGAAGAGGAUGGAUAUGAAACAAUUUCAGAACUGCAGCUGAAUGCUACAGUAUCUGGAACAGUGGAAUGCAUUGCUGCUAAUAAGUAUGGAAGUGACACAGAGAAAACACAGAUCAUCAUCACUGAUGUAGCAGAUGGUUUUGGAAUAUUACCAGUGCAGGAAGAAAUUGUAGAAGGAGACACUGUCAUUCUUACAUGCCGAGCAUCACGUCGUAAUUUCACUAAUAACAUGAAAUGGUAUAGAAAUGGAGAUGAAGUUGAUGGAUACAGCGAUACCAAACGUAUUUCGAUACGGCAGGGAGAAACAGUUUAUUCAUUUCAGUCUGAGUUGAUAAUUGCAAAUGCAUCGGAGUCUGAUGAAGUUGAAUAUAAAUGUGUUGCCUGUACACCCAGGCCAAGCAAUUGCUCAGAUGCAGUUUCCACUUUCAAAGUGGCAGCUAUGAAAAGCCCUCAGUUCAGCAAGGACACAAACAUGAAUGGCGGUGAACAUCUCUUAGACAACAUGUCUCGGUACAGCCUUAAUUGCAGGCCAAGUGGAGUUCCAAAACCUCAAAUUGUUUGGAUGAAGGAUGGAAAGCCACUUCCUGUGAAGCCAAAUGACACAUCAAUAGAAUUUAUGCAUAACCAUACUACUCUUGUAAUUAAACAGUUCACAGCAGAACAUGCAGGGUUGUACACAUGUACUGCCAUAAAUCCCAGAAAUAAAAAUGAUCGGAAAUCAGUAACAGCUACAUUGAAAUUCAAAGAUGAAGGUGGUACAGUAAUAAGUAUUGUUGUUGCUGUAGCUCUAUUUGUCAUAUUUAUUCUCGCUGCUGUACUUGCUGUAAAAAUGCUAAGAGACAGAAAAAAUCGCAAAGAACAGAGGAUUGCUGGUCUUAUGCAUUUUACAGAAGGGGCAAUAAGUAACAUGAAUCCAGACCUUCCUGUUGAUGAACAGGCUGAACUACUUCCAUAUGACAAGAAGUGGGAGUUCCCCCGAGAAAAGUUAAGACUCGGCAAACAGCUCGGUUCUGGAGCUUUUGGCGUUGUUAUGAAGGCAGAAGCAUUUGGCAUCUUGGAAGAAGAACCUGUCACAACAGUAGCAGUUAAAAUGGUGAAAAGAAACACUGACUAUACGUACAUCAAAGCAUUAGCAUCAGAACUCAAAAUAAUGGUACAUCUAGGAAAGCAUCUGAAUGUUGUAAACUUGCUUGGAGCAUGCACAACAAACAUAACGAAGAAGGAACUGUUGGUAAUAGUGGAAUACUGCCGAUUUGGAAAUCUGCACAACUAUCUUUUACGUCAUCGUGAUGAAUUUAUUGACCAGAUAGAUCCAAAAACAGGAACGGUAGAUCCAACUAUUGGGCAAGAGAUACUGGAAAGAGCUGACUCAUUUAAUAAAAAGAACAGGGUGAAGUAUGCAGCACUUUCCUUCUCAAACAGUCUCUCUGGAGGGGACAUAGCUGUCGAUUAUCGAGCAGCAGGUGCUAUGGUACCAUCUUCAAACAGCAGUGGAAGUGAAGCUGAUCAUGUGUCUAUGCUUCCAGCUGGUGAAGAUGAUUAUGUGAUGAGCAACAACAGCAUACAACCAGAAUGGAGAUCCAAUUACAGAGGAGAUUACAAAGGCAAUGUUCGUCCAAUAUGUACCUGUGACCUACUGUGUUGGGCAUUCCAGGUAGCUAAAGGAAUGGAAUAUCUUGCUUCUCGGAAGGUUCUGCAUGGAGACCUGGCUGCAAGGAACAUUUUACUUGCUGAUGAAAAUGUAGUGAAGAUCUGUGAUUUUGGUCUAGCGAAGAGCAUGUACAAAUCAAACAACUAUAAGAAGAAAGGAGAUGGCCCAUUACCCGUCAAGUGGAUGGCCAUUGAAUCAAUCAGAGACAGGAUAUUCUCAACACAAUCUGAUGUCUGGUCAUAUGGAAUUGUGCUCUGGGAGUUUUUUUCUUUGGCAAGGACACCAUACCCAGGCAUGGAAGCAGAUGAGAAGCUUUAUAACAAGUUGCUGAAUGGUUAUCGAAUGGAGAAACCAGAGUAUGCAACAUAUAAUAUCCACCAGACAAUGCUGGAUUGUUGGCAUUUAAAUCCAAACAAAAGACCUUCAUUUACGGAACUAAGUGAAAGAAUUGGGAAUAUGCUCGAAGAUAGUGUGAAGAAACACUAUAUUGAUUUGAACGAUCCAUAUAUAGACAUGAAUUCAGAAUGGAUGCAGAACACACAAAGUGAUUAUCUCAGUAUGAUGAGUGCUCCUACAUAUGGCAAUCUAGUGUCGCCAAUUGAAGAUAAUGAUUACAUCAACAGUCCUCUUCCUGGUUCUGGUGCAGAAGCCACAGAUGGUCCAGCCAGCUCAGGGUACAUGUGCAUGGGAAGUCCGUCAACUUCAGAAGGUGCUGUAUUCAGCCCACACAGCAGCCGUUCUGAAGGAAAUGUUUUCACUUUUGAUGGUUCGCCUCAAGCAAAGUCUCGUGUUAAAGAAGCGGAACUUAUUCGUGGUCCAGAGUUUCGACCCAUGCUUAAGAGCAUGAGUGACUCUGAAUCAGAACAACCUGCUGCUGACAGUGUAGAUACUGGUGCACGAAAUGGACAUAGGACGUAUGUUAAUGGAAAUACUAUAACUCCAAGUUUUUCAAAUCCUGCUUACCAUAACAUUGGUCGCAUUAAUCCUUCACCUGACAAUUAUGUGAAUAUGCCUCAACAGAAAAGUCUGUUAAAAGGGAAAGAGAAGGCUCUGCUAGAUACUUUCGAUCACAUGUCUGUAUCUGGUCAAGAUCCAAAAGGAAGUUUUGAAAAUGAUUUUCUCUCUUCUCCAGAUGGUAGUGUGAAACAUGAAGGUUAUGUGAAUUUUCCAAACAACACUGCUUCGUUUGCCUUCUAAAGAGGUGAAGCUUGGUAAUGUUAGGAAUUAUUCUGAAGAUUUGCACAGUUGAUAACAGCUUAUGCAAAAUGCGUCUAGUCUCAAUAAAGGUACAAAUCUUAAAAUUGCCAAACAUUAAGCACAAAUAGACUGUGAAACACCUUUUCACAUUAGAAUUCUCCAGAGAGAGAAAACAGAAGCCAUGUUAAAGUUUCAAGAUUUUUUUAAAUGCUUUUAUGCAUAUUUUCAUUUCAUGUCAUGAAUUUUUUACUUCAUUUUCAUUUUAUGACAUCAGUUUUUUACUUCAUUUUAAUUUUUAAGAUUGACUGUACAGUGUGUAUAUAGUUUUAAGUAUUUUAUUGACAGAAAGGUGUUGAACAAAAUGUAAGUAAUUAUUUUUAAUAACAAUGGUCUUUUGCCAAAAUUGUGUUAAAUUUAUUUUCAUUUUUAAUAAAGGAACCACAAUCAUUCA